AGUAAAAGUCAACGAAGUUGCGGUAUUUUAGUUUGACUGCGUGUUUACUCUACAUACAGUACCAGUACAGUGUGAAUUUGAUUUUACCAUAAGAAGAAAUGGGCAACCGAACAUCAAAACUUGAAUGGGAUAACCCAUGGAGAAACACCAGCUGGGGGGAGGAAAAAAAAGACUCUUUAAUAAAAAGCAUUAAAGAGAUGAAACCAAGCAGAACUGAUCUGAAAUGCUUGAGGGUGUUAGUUGUUGGACCCUGUGGUUCAGGAAAAUCCAGUUUUAUAAACUCUAUUAAUAGCGCCUUCAAAGGACGAAUAACCAGCAGUGCACUAAGUGACAGGAUUGGUGGAAAAAGCUUCACAGUUGAAUACAAAUCAUUCGAAAUUGAAUCUGGAAAUUCAAGUUUGCCGGUCGUCUUCAAUGAUGUCAUGGGCCUGGAAACAGGACCUAUGCAAGGCUGCCCAGUGGAGGACAUCAUUAAAGCCAUUAAUGGCCACGUCCGACAUGGUCAUAUGUUUAAUCCAGAAAAACCACUGUCUCCAGGGGAUAGAACCUUCAAUGAAGCACCGAAAGCCUCUGACCAGGCAUUCUGUCUAGUGUACGUUUUAGCAGCUGACAGAAUCCAGUUUGCAGAUGAAAAUGUCUUACAAAAGAUGAGAGAAAUUCGAUUGCAAGUCAGAAAUCUUGGGUUGCCCCAGGUCAUUGUCUUGACAAAUGUGGAUCAAGCUUGUCCACUGGUGAAAAAUAAUUUACAGAAAAUCUACUACAGCAAAAAAAUCAAACAGAAGAUGGAAUGGUGCAGUAAUGCAGUUGGUGUUCCAAUGUGCCACAUCUUUCCUGUGAAAAACUACCACGAGGAAAUCCAAACCAGUUAUGACACAGAUGUUCUGAUUUUACAGGCAUUAAUGCAGAUUAUAGAGCUGGGUAAUGACAAUCUAAAGGAGCGUGCAGCUCAGCAAUCUUAGCUUAGAGUACUGUAGUGUGAGUGAGAAAACUUUGCCUCAUAUAUUGGGAAUCUUUUUUUGUUAUAAUUAUUAAAAUGCAAAUGACCAUAUAUUUUGAAAUCCCACGCUGUUUUAAAAUGACCACUGUUACAUAUAGACAACUUUUAGAAAAGUGUUGCUUUUUAAGCAAGUUACUUUACAUACUUCACUGGCUAUAUUCUGUUAAAUAGUAUGACAGUAGUUGUUACUGAUGUUGAAUUCCUGUUUUUUUAAAGGAUAUAGACCUAAAUAAUAGAUGAUGGACCUGAAAGCAUUAUAGGGUAUUGUAAAGAUAUUUGACUGGAACUUGUUCUUCUAUUUUCUGAUUCUGGCUUGUGUUUUAUAUAUUCAUGCUUAAUAUCAGUGGUCAUUAAUUGAUGUAUUCAAGCUAAUAACUGUUAGGGCACUGUCAUUUCCCUGCCUACAAUUGCAUGUAUGUGUCAUUAAAAAUAAUAAAAUUACUAA